AUGGCUGGGAGCAAGACAUCACAGCCAAUCAAAAUGGAAGAAAAAAUGUCCAAGCUCGUGGAAAUGACGGCUCAAAUGAACCGGAUGCAGAUGGAGCUUGAUCAGGGACUAAUAAAUUUUUCCAAUGUUAUCUUUGUCAAUGUUGGUUUAGAGAAACAAAACAUGAGGCCAGACAGACAAUGGAUGUAUCAAAGGCGAACAAGAGGAUUAAUUGAUCCUAUGUUUAUAGUUGGAAUAAAUUCAUUUAUGGAGUUUGCUAAGGCUCACCCAAAUUGUCUUGAUGGUCAGUUCAUGAGAUGCCCAUGCAAUCAGAAGAAGUGUCGUAAUUGGAAAUUUUUGGAUGAGGAUACUGUUAAAUCACACAUUGCUAGGUAUGGUUUUGUGGAGAAUUAUGAAACCUGGAUCCAUCACGGGGAAAGUGACGAUAUUGAUGUUCUUAGUGAAAAUGCAGUAGUUGGAGAGGCGUUUGCUCAAUAUGUUGGGGUUGAUAAUGUGACUCCAUUGGAGACAAUGAUUCAUGAUGCUGCAGGGCCUUCAUUUCAAUCAGAUGACUAUGAAGACAACCCAACUCCAUCAAUUCAACAUGUUUAUGACAUGCUUAGAGCAGAACAACAAGAGUUAUGGCCUAAUAAUCCUAAUGGAAUCUCAAAGUUGUCUGUUGUUGCCAGAUUAAUGAAUUUGAAAGCAGAACAUCAUUUUUCUGAAAGAUUGUAUGAUGAUUUUUGCCAAUUGAUGAAAGAAUGCCUCCCAACAGAUAAUGUUAUGGUUGAUGGAUUCUAUGAAACAAAACAGUUAGUUAGAGGGUUGGGGUUACCUGUUGAACAAAUUGACUGUUGCAAACGGGGCUGCAUGUUGUACUGGGGUGAAGAUAGUGAAUUGACGACUUGCAAAUUCUGUGACCAUGACAGGUUCAAGAAAGGUAGAAUUGAUACUGAUAGCCGAAAAGCAAAUGUAGCAUACAAGAAGAUGUUCUACUUCCCCUUGACUCCUCGCCUUCAAAGGUUGUAUGCAUCCAGUGCCACGGCUAAGCAUAUGGUAUGGCAUGCCAAACAUGAAAUGGAAAAGGAUGAUGUGAUGCGGCAUUGCUCAGAUUCUCUUGCAUGGAAGCACUUUAAUAGCAUGCAUCCAUCAUUUGCAUCCGAGUGCAGGAAUGUUAGAUUGGGAUUAUGUGCAGACGGGUUUCAACCAUUUGGGCAAUCUGGUCGUCAAUACUCAUCAUGGCCGGUGAUAAUCACACCAUACAAUUUACCACCCUGGAUGUGCAUGAAAGAAGAGUACAUGUUUCUUUCAAUAAUUGUUCCAGGUCCAUCAAAUCCAAAAGAUAAAUUGGAUGUGUUUCUACAACCUUUGGUAGCUGAGUUGAAAAAUUUAUGGGAUGUUGGAGUAGAGACUUAUGAUAUAGACAGCAAGCAAAAUUUUAUAAUGAGAGCUGCAUUGUUGUGGACAAUUAAUGAUUUUCCAGCCUACUCAAUGUUGUCUGGUUGGAGUACAGCAGGAAAAUUAGCAUGCCCAUACUGUAUGGAGGAUUCCGAUGCUUUUACCCUAACAAAAGGUUCGAAGACAUCAUGGUUUGAUAAUCAUCGUAAAUUGUUGCCACCAGAUCAUCCUUACAGAAGGAAUAAGAAGUGGUUUAGAAAAGGAAAUGUAAUAAAGAAAUGUGCACCUCAAGUCAAAUCUGGAUUUGAAAUACUCGAAGAAAUUGAGAGCUUUGGGCUUCAAAAGGUAACAAAAUUAGAUGGGGAAGUUAUAAAUUCUGAAAUUAGAAGGAGCUGUAGCAAAUGUGGAUGGAAGAAAAGAAGUAUAUUUUGGGAUUUACCUUAUUGGAAGACAAACCUCAUUAGGCACAAUUUGGAUGUAAUGCACAUUGAGAAGAACUUCUUUGAUAAUAUAUUUAAUACUAUAAUGAAUGUACCUGGCAAGUCGAAAGACAAUGUACAAUCUAGGGAAGAUUUGAAGGAAUUUUGCAGUAGACCAGAGUUACAUAUGGAAGAAGGGACAAAGAGGUAUCCAAAAGUGUGUUACACUUUGGAUAAAAAGCAAAAAGAAGAAUUGUGCAAUUGGUUGAAGGAGCUUAAAUUUCCAGAUGGGUAUGUUUCGAAUAUGGGUAGAUGUGUGGAUCAACGCAAGCUGAAAUUAUUUGGUAUGAAAAGCCAUGAUUGUCAUGUUUUCAUGCAAAGAUUGAUACCCAUUGCAUUUAGGGAGCUACUUCCACCAAAUGUAUGGCAAGCAUUGACAGAAUUGAGCAUUUUUUUUAAGGAUCUCACUGCUAGAGCAAUUAAAGAGGAGGAUAUGAGGUGGUUGGAAUCAGAAAUACCUAUUAUUUUGUGCAAGUUAGAGAGAAUAUUUCCUCCAAGAUUCUUUGAUUGCAUGGAACAUCUUCCGUUUCACUUAGCAUAUGAAGCACAGAUUGCUGGACCAGUGCAAUAUAGAUGGAUGUAUCUGCGUAGAUUAAAGAAUAACAUAAAGAAUAAAGCUCAAGUUGAAGGAUCAAUUUGCAAUGCCUACCUUGUUGAAGAAAUAUCAUCAUUUUGUGCACACUACUUUGAGUCACAUAUUCACACAAGACACCGAAAAGUGGCACGGAAUGAUGAUGGCAUUAACUUUGACAUGCAAGAAUAUCCAGGAAUGCUUUCAAUUUUUAAACCAUCAGAAAAACGUGGAUCUAUGAAGUACACAAUGAAUAGUGGAGUGUGCAUUAAGGGAUCUAAUUUAAGUGCUAGCGAGAUGGAAUAUUGUGGGAAGCUGAUUGAGAAUGGAGAUGAAGAAGUAUCACUCAAAUCUUCUAAUGGCACAUUCAUUGAAAUUGAUGGUAUCGAUUUUGCGGAAGAAGAAGAGGAAGAGGAAGAAGGUGAAGAAAGUGAGGAAGAUGAACACAACGAAGAAGAGGAGGAUGAGUUAGAUGCUUUUAAUGAUGUAGAAGAUGCAAAUUGA